CCUCUGAGAACCUUUUUAUAGACCAGCGGGGAAUCACUUUUAUGCCCUCAAGUGGUCUAAUCAGACCACAAUUGUAUUCAUUGUAUUCAUUGACAUAUCUGACUAACUGCAUGGACAGUUUUGCAGCAAUCUGACAUUUCUUUCUGGUGCAUUGUUUUUUGUUUUUGUCAAUGAGUGCUUAUAAUUACUUAGUUUUCCUAUUAGUCAAGUGGAUUAUGGCUCUUCUCAUAUUUCCGUUGGAGGCUUCAUCAGUGCUGUGCCACAUCCUGCUUCCUGUUGAAAUGAUGGACGCCACGACGGAAACCUGAUAGACCCAUUGUAAGUCAAUUGGGUGCAUUAAGCGCCAUUAGUGCCCACCUGUGUAGAGGCGCACUCUAUUGACAAGGGGAAUGGUACCAUCCAGUUGUCAAUUUAUUCACACAUUUCCAGGAGUAAUAACAGGAGAACAGCACAAUGCAGAGCUCUGCAGCAUCGUUAUUUUAUGGGGGAAGGCACAUAUUUACUAAAACAGACAUGUCGGGAGAGCUGGAAGAUCUGACAUCCGCCACACAGACACCACAGGCUAAUGACCUGCAGAUCCCUGCAUCUAUUCAGUGCCACAAAUAUACUCCAGGGGAUGAUGGUGAAGGGGUUGUGAUUUUAAUUGGAAUCAACGAUGGUGAAGAAGCAGAAAUCGGGAGGUCUCAGUGGCCUCUGCCGCUGGUACAUUUAUGCACUUCAUGGACUUCUAUCUGAAAUCAUGUUUACAGCAACCUGGGAUUUUGUCACCACCAGCAGCUGGAAACUAAUCGGUGUGAGCAGCAUCUGGGCGAUUUUUAUAUAUGGAACGGCCAUAUUCAUCAUAGAGAAAAUGUCUCUGUAUCUGGAAGGAAAAUGUAAUCUUCUCUGUAGAUGUCUCCUAUACACUCUCUGGACAUAUGCCUGGGAAUUCUCCACCGGUUUUCUAUUAAAGACUUUUAGUUCCUGCCCAUGGGAUUACUCUCAUUUCAGUGGAAACAUCAUGGGGCUCAUCACUUUGGAGUAUGCAGUGCCUUGGUAUUUUGGCUGUAUGAUAGCAGAACAAGUGGUGAUCAAAAACACCCUCAGAUUGCAAUUCAUCCAGAGUGACCAUAAAAAUAGCAAAGGGGUAUGAUGGCCUUACCAUGAAGAUGGGUGCUGGUUAGCCACUGUGGCUCAUUAGCUCAUUUUACCUCACACUGAUUCUCCCUAGUCUGAAAUAUACCAACAGAGGGCCACACUCCUGCCAUCUACUUUUUACUGCAACUCUGCCUGUUGAGGUUGGCUGAUCUGAAUGAGCAGAAGCCCACCGCCACCAUCUGUAAAUUAGUGCUGAGAAAGCAGAUCUCCAUUACAGCAGGUAAAAUCAAAGAAUAAAAAACCUUAUUGUCCAGAAUCCACAGUUUUUUGGUGCUGCAGGAUCUAUAGAAGUAGGCCACCUUCACCGCAGAAAAGUUCAGAUAUUUAGAUCCGCUCUGCCGAGACCCCAACCCAGAAAUGCAAAGCAGGUGGAAAGACCAAGUUCCUCCUCUCCACACAAGCACACAGGCAAUCACUGCAAGCUGGCCAUGUUGCCUCUCUUUUUCCUGGUUUCCUCCUCCUGUAAUUCCUCUCAGAGACAAACAGAAACAUUAGUCUGCAUUGGAAUCAUUGACUAGGCUCUGUGACUUGUGCAAAGGUCAUUGUACAGGGAUGAGGAGUAGAUAAGCUUUGACAAUCGCCUGUUGUGAAUGGUGGAUCCAUUUGUAAUUCAGCCUGUGAUGAUAAUGAGAUGUCUGCUGAAAAGUGAUCUGUACGGACC